AUGCCUCCUCAUCAAUUCCCUGAUGUCUUAAUUUCAUUUCUGACUGUGAAGAGAAAGUGCAACGAACUAAUAGCCACGGUUGAUGGAGAGGAAAAAGCCGACGUCCCCUUCUCAUCACCAAUGAUUACAAACAAUGGAAAAUUUUAUUUCUCUCAUUCAUUCAGGUUCAAAAAUGUUUAUAAAGGAAUUAUAUGUAUGUCGAAUGAGAUGGACAUACUUUUGGUUAACCCCUCAACUAGAGAAUCUCAAAGGUUACCUUUCUCACCCUUUUCAUACCCAGAUGCUGACUUUAUCGAUUCUUAUGUUUUGGGUGUAUGGUUUGAUCAUCAUCAGUCCAAUUCAAAUCAGCCUUCUCAAGGAGUCCUACAACAUUAUAAAGUUUUUAGGGCGAUUAUUCUCUUUAUUGGACAAAAUUAUGACGAACUUCAAGACGUUAAUCUAGUGUUUGAGAUAUAUGAUUCUAGGGAAAAUUGUUGGAGGAAAAGCAAGACAAUGUGUAAAGAUAUGAGUAGUUGGUACCACUUGUUAUUCAAGGGAGUUUUUCACUUAUCUGUUGUUGAUGGGGAUUCUGUGAUCACAUUGGAUGCAAAAUCAGAAAUGUUGGGACGACUUCCAUUGCCAUCUAAAAUUAAUCACGCCUAUAACGCACCCUUAUAUAUACUUAAGGAUUCUCUAGCCUUAUUCGUAAAUAAUGACGAGAGCGAUACUCCUCCAACUCGUCUUACAGAUAUAUGGUUGAUGAAUGAAUAUGGGGUAAAACAAUCGUGGACAAAGCAAUACACUAUCGAAUUUGAUGUUGCCUUGAUGCGGAAUCAAUGUAGGCCGAUAAUGUUUUGGAAAUACAUGGACAAAGAAGAGGAGGAUGACGAGUUAUUCCUUCAAAAUAUUGAUGGAAAACUCAUCUCUAUUAACCUUGUUACUAAGAAAAUUACAAAUUUUGAAUUGUAUGGUAUUCCUAGUUCAAUGAUGAUUGUACCUUAUAUUGAGACCUUACUUUCUCUUAAGUGA